CGCGCUGCACUAGCCGGUAGCCACACACCUUGGCCCAUUCAGCUUGCAACUUGCUUGGCUAGCUCACCUCCCACGCGGAGGAUGGCCGGACUCGUUUGACCCUCCCUGUCCCAAAAGCCAAAACCAACAGCGAUGCUCGCUUGCAGACAGGGCGCCAAUCGAAAAAUAGGAGUUGUUUAUGAGCUCAUGGUGAUGGGGAGGGGCGACGAGGAGCGGCUGCCGCUGCAGCAGGGGUUGGAGACGGAGAGGGCGGCCGGGUCGUCGGCGGCGGAGGCAAAGAAGCCGCGCAGGCUCUCGCGCGCCGCGCUGGCGGUGUGCUUCCUGGCUGUCCCGGCCGUCCUGCUCCUGCAGCGGUGGCAGGCCGGCGCCGCGCCGGAGUGGCUCUUCGAAGUCGAGCCCCCGGCGGAUGACGACCGAGAUAUACAAGAUGAUAUGUCUGAUGAUCUAUCUCUGUCGCGACAUAUUGAGUACGAUAAACUUCUGAGUGGCCUUCUGAUUGAGGGAUUUGAUGAAAAAUCUUGUCAAAGCAGAUAUCAGUUCGCACGUUAUCACAGGAAUUCACCAAGCAUACCUUCUUCAUACCUCAUAGAGAGGUUAAGGAAACAAGAAGCAUUGCAGAAAAAGUGCGGCCCCGGCACCAAAGCAUACAAGGAAGCCACAAAACAGCUGAGCUCCGGUCAGAGCAUCAAUGUGACAGAUUGCAACUAUCUGUUCCUGAUAAUCCACGCUGGCUUAGGGAACCGGAUGCUUGAGAUCACUUCAGCAUUCCUAUAUGCACUCCUUACAAACCGGGUUCUGCUUGUCGAUCGCUAUAAGGAGAUUGCUGGCCUUUUCUGCGAACCUUUCCCUGAAACUUCAUGGUUGGUUCCUUCAGAUUUCCCUCUGAACUAUGGCGAAUUUACCCAGAGUAGUCCAGAGAGCUACGGCAACAUGCUACAGAAUAAAGUUGUCGGUGGCAAUGUAGAUCGGUCUUUGGCUGGUACUAGACCUUCCUAUGUGUAUCUUCACCUUGAUGGUAACUAUGGUUUCCAUGACAAGCUUUUCUUCUGCGAAGACGACCAACAAUUCCUGCAAGGUAUCCCAUGGCUGAUCAUGAGAACUGACAUGUACUUCGUGCCGUCCCUGUUUUUUAUUCCAGCUUACCAAGAUGAACUAAGCAGGCUAUUUCCUGAGAAAGACACUGUUUUCCAUCACUUGGCCCGCUAUCUUUUUCAUCCGACAAACAAUGUUUGGUAUUCAGUUACAAGAUAUUACCGGUCCUACCUUGCCAAAGCUGAAAAAAGAGUGGGAAUUCAGAUCAGAAUAUAUGAAACGAAGGGCAUCUUGCAAAGAAAUGGCCCGUUCCCACACAUUCUGAAUCAGAUCCUUUCAUGUGCUCAGAAUGAAAAUCUCCUUCCAGAAAUUAGCAUGACAGAGGAAGCAGCAACCGAGACUCAGAAUAACAGAACGAUUGCCGUUCUAACUACUUCGUUGAGCUCAUGGUACAGUGAUCAGAUCCAGAAGAAGUACGAUGAGCACCAGACUGUCGACGGCACCACUGUCAAAGUGUACCUGCCGAGCCACGAGGAGUACCAGAAGUCGAGGAACAAGAAGCAUAACAUGAAGGCUCUUGCCGAGAUCUAUCUAUUGAGCAUGACUGACGUACUGAUCACCAGUGGCUUUUCCACCUUCGGGUACGCAGCUCAGGGGCUCGCCGGCCUGAAGCCAUGGAUCAUGUUCAGGUCGGAGAACCACGUCGUGCCAGACCCACCAUGCGGCCGCGCCAUGUCCAUCGAACCGUGCUUCCAUCAAGCUCCCUACUACGACUGCAAGGCGAGGAGGGACGCUGACUUGGGCAAAGUGGUGCCUUUUGUAAGGCAUUGCGAGGACGUGAGCUGGGGACUGAAGAUUGUAAAUCAAACUCAGUUGUAGCUGAAAUUGUUGUCAGGACACGCUUGCUAACUAGGGCAGAUUCUUUUCUGCGAAGGAACUAUACGAGUGUAUUCUUUUCCAUCCUGUAUUUGAUCCAAGUGUAGAUAGUUGAUAAACAGUUCCAUGAUUUUGUUUGCUCUGAUCAUCGAUCGUUUUGCCA